AAAUCGUCAAAAUAAAUAAAAUAACCCAAGAAAAUUCCUGCAGUCUAAACUCUGAAUACCUAGGUAUUUUAUUUUGAAAUCAUUUGUGUCGAAUAAGCCAUGACGUUAAUUUUGUGGAGGUCGUAUACAAAAGCUCGCAAUAAUGUAUUAUGCGCGAAUAACAGCUGCAACUCAGUAUCUUCAUUGUACAACUUUAUCACUCGUUCGCUUAGUGACGACAAAUUUUCUUCACCAGAAUUCAGCAAUAGUACGAUCUUAAUCGAAAACGGAUUUAAUGUCCACGAACUCCCAGUUGUGGUGAGGAAACUGAAGGAUAUAGAGGCAUUGGACGAAGCUCCUGUAGAAAUUCCCCGACCAACAAAUGACUCUUUUAAUUAUCAUCUCAUACAAGAGGAGUUUAAACAAUGUAUGGAUUUACGUGACGUAUUUUCGUUGAUAACAAAAUGUACUAAGAUAACACCAAAUAUUGCAUUGGGUGCAAUCGAAAGAAUUUACGACUUAGAAAAAAGUCCACAUUUAGAUAAUAUGUCCAAUGACCAAACAGUUCACAUUAAUUUCGCAAAAGGUGCUAUCUUAGAGAAACUGCUAAAAGUUGUUAUGAAGACUGAAGAUACCCAGACAAUAUUAAAUGUGCUCAAGACAUCCUCCACAGUUAUGGAACCACACAAGUACAAGUUUUGUGAUGAACUACUAAUCAGAGUUAUUGACAAUAAGCUAACUGUGGAACAAUUGUGUGAUUUUGCAAUGUUUCUAAAUAGGCAUAGCAGUGAUCAAAAAUAUUCAGAUACCAUUGAUAGACUAUGGGUUGGCUUUAUUGACAAAGAGAAAGAUAUAAACGAAAUUAAUAUUGUUCAAAUCUUUUCAAUUUUGCCUGGCUUGAAAGUGAGUAAAAAAACUUUAACAGCUUUGUUAGAGCAGAAAUUGUCUGAGUUAUGGUCUAAAAUAAAAGUUACAGCUAUGCAAGACAUCCUUGAUAUUUUCUUGGUAGAGAAAUAUUUUUCUGUGCAGUCUUAUGGCAUUUUAGGACACUGGUUUUACUCUAAUAUUCAUGCUUUAGAUGAUGAUGAAUUGCUGGGUGUAAUUACAAAAUUUACACGCCUCAAGUUCACUGAUAAGCAAAUAGAUGCUGCUAUUGCAAAGUUUUUAAAGUUUAAAUCUUCCAAGAUCAGGUCACAGGUUUUAGUUAUAGGUAUUUUAAAUUACUGUAUGCAAUUCAAAUUGCGUAAUGAACAGAUACUAGAAAUAUGCAGUCAAUAUUUUAUCGCCAAACGGAAAAAUGUGCCAUCCAGUUUUUUAAAGUCUUUUAUAUAUCCAUAUGGAUAUUUGUAUAUGGAACCAUCUAAUAUAGAGUUUUGGACAUUAGUUGAAGAGGUCCUUCUUGAGAAUUAUUUAAGAAUAAGUAUUGAUGAUCUUUGCUCGAUAAUUUCAUCAUAUAUCUACUGUGGCCACUAUCCUUUGAAAUUAGUAUCUAAAAUAUUUAGCGCAGAGUAUAUGGCUAAAAUAAAUAACUGUGACAUUUUGAAAAAGUUACAUUUAAUAGAUACAGCAUUAUCUCUGGAGUGUGAGGAAUAUAGUGGCCCUUUGUUACCUAAAGACCAAUGGUUUAAACCUGUCAUGCAAGACAGUAGAAUUAAAAAUAUUAUAGAGAAAACUAAGGGCAGCUUUGUGUCUGUAAUUGGAGGUGCAAACAAAAUGUCCACUGCUGUUGUUUUGCCAAACUAUUGUUCAGAUGAAACAUAUCUGAUUGAUGUGUUGAUACAUCCAGCUGAUACAAGCAGCAGCACAUUCAAUUGGAAAUGUAACACUCUCAAAAAUGAGAGCAUAGCAAUACUUAUCCAUUUACCAGAUCACUAUUGUUCUGAUAACAAGCAACUUAUAGGCCCACAGGUUAUGAAAAAGAGGCACUUAAAUAUCCUCGGUUUGAAAGUUGUGAGUCUGAAGUAUACUUUACUCAGUCAAUUCUACACGUCUUAUAAUACUACUGCUCUCAAGAAAUAUUUGUCUGAUAGUAUUGAUAAUGCUGAGCCCAGUUUAUAGUCACUUUAAUUGAACAUGUGCCCCUUAGUGUUUAAAAUGUACUGUUUUUAGAGUACUGUAUCUCAGAGAUAAAAGGAACCUUUACAGGAUCCCUUCAUUGUCUUCUGUGUCUAUCAAGACCCAUAAAGCCGUAAAGGGUACUUCCCAUUGAUCUAGAAUCAUGAAAUUUGGUAGGUAGCUAUCUAUUUUUUACAGUACAAAUAAAGGAAUAAAUGUAAAAACCGUGACUUUGUGAUGGAAUACUUUGUGUGCGAGUCUGACUCACACUUGAACUGUUUUUUUUUGGAUUUUCUUUCCUGUGUUUCCAACUUUGAACACAUAUUUGUUUAAAAUUGCUUAAAUUAAAGAAAAAUAAUGCCAAAUAAUUAAAAGUUAUCAUUAGGAUUUCCAUCAUUAAUUGUUUGUUUUAGUUUGUUAAGUUAUGAUAAUAAUUUAGUAGGAUAGGUAUAUAAUUGUUAUUGGUUAAAUUAUAUUAAUUUUAUUAUUAAUAAAGUUGCGAAAAUUAAAGAAUAUUGGAGAUAAGUUAGGUUAGCGGUCACAAUAUCAAACUUAUCAACAUAAUGAUAGUCUUCCAUUCCUUAUAUUAUCGGGUAUUAUGAUUAAUAUUAUAGAUAGGUAUUUAGACAGUAAAUUAUUAUUUUUGUGCCUAAUAUCAUUUAUACAGAAUUAAACAGAACAAUUAUGUACAUAGUUAUAGUAAGGAGGUAUAAUGAGAUGUUUGGUAGGUAGUAAGUGUAAUUCUUGAGUGAAAAAAUUAUUUUAUUGGUCUUAAUUAUUUUAUUGUUUUUUCGUGCCACAUAUUUUAUAAGUAAAAUAAGUGGAACAUCAGGAAAAACUUUGACAAAAGUUCAGUGAGAUUAAUA